AUGGAUCAAUUCCUGAAAGAGCAUUUUGCUCAAGCUCGAGCAAGGAUGAAAUUUUAUGGUGACCAACAUAGAGUGGAAAGAGUAUUCCAGGUAGGAGAUUGGGCGUAUUUGAAGUUGCAUCCCUACAAACAACAUUCAGUGAUGACAAGGUCUAACCAGAAGCUGGCUGCCAAGUAUUAUGGCCCCUACCAAAUCACCAGAAGAAUUGGACAGGUUGCUUAUGAGCUGCAGUUACCCACGUUCCUCCACGAAUUCAUCCGAAAUAAGAUCUACAACUUGACUGGAAUUCAAGAACACUAUCCACUCUUUCAACCUUGGGGACAAGGUCACUUUGAGGGGGAAGUAUGUAAUGAAGAGAGGCAGCCCACAGUGGAAGAAGAGAUCAGCAAUCCAGCACCAGCCAGUUGGGGAAGAAAAGGAAUUAGAAACAAAUGGCUCUAA